CCGGCAUCACGGGCGCCGUCUCCGGCGGGCGCGCGGCCAUGGCGCGGCCGGGGAGCCCUGCCCCGCUGCUGCUGCUGCUCCUGCUGGGCGCGGGGCUCGCGCACCGCUCCGGCCCCCUGCCCCUGGUCCUCAACACUUGGCCUUUUAAGAAUGCAACCGAAGCAGCAUGGAGGACGUUAGCCUCUGGAGGCUCUGCCCUGGAUGCGGUUGAGCAGGGCUGUGCCGUGUGUGAGCGGGAGCAGUGUGACGGCACCGUGGGCUUUGGAGGGAGUCCCGAUGAGCUCGGAGAAACCACACUGGACGCCAUGAUCAUGGACGGCACGACUAUGAACGUAGGAGCGGUAGGAGAUCUCAGGAGAAUUAAAAACGCAAUUGGUGUGGCUCGGAAAGUGCUGGAACAUACAGCACACACGCUGUUGGUGGGAGAGUCAGCCACCAAGUUUGCGGAAAGUAUGGGGUUUAUCAAUGAGGACCUAUCUACCGCUGCUUCUCGAGCCCUUCACUCAGACUGGCUUGCUCGAAACUGCCAGCCAAACCACUGGAGGAAUGUUGUACCGGAUCCUUCAAAAUACUGUGGGCCUUACAAGCCACCUGGUAUCUUAAAGCAAGAAGGUCCUACCCAUAAAGAAACAGGAGAUAAUUACGGUCAUGAUACAAUUGGCAUGGUCGUAGUCCAUAAGAUGGGACAUACUGCUGCUGGUACAUCUACAAACGGUAUAAAAUUCAAAAUACCUGGUCGAGUAGGAGAUUCGCCAGUCCCCGGAGCGGGCGCCUACGCGGAGGACAGCGCGGGAGCGGCUGCAGCCACCGGCGACGGCGACAUUCUGAUGCGCUUUCUUCCCAGCUACCAAGCUGUAGACUAUAUGAGAAGAGGGGAAGAUCCAACCGUAGCCUGCCAGAAAGUGAUUUCCAGAAUUCAGAAGUAUUUUCCAAACUUCUUUGGGGCCGUGAUAUGUGCCAAUGUCACUGGAAGUUAUGGUGCUGCUUGCAGUAAACUUCCCACAUUUACUCAGUUCAGUUUCAUGGUUUAUAAUUCUCUGAAAAACCAGCCAACUGAAGAAAAAGUGGACUGCAUCUAAUCCAUCUUUUCCGUCGGCAUCUCUAGAAUAAAGAGGAAAGCAACAAAGGCGGAAAAGGUGACUCACUGUCCUCGGGUUCUACGCCUCACGCAUCCGACCUUCCUUGUGUAGAACAGGCACAAAAAUAAAUGUGUGCUGAAGCAGCACUUUCCCUUUCUGCA